AUGUCGAAGACUUUCUCCCGCGCCGAGGUUGCGCAACAUGCUUCCGAAGACUCGCUCUGGUGUAUCAUCGACCAUCGAGUUUAUGACCUAACCGAUUUCUUGGACGCGCAUCCCGGUGGCAGCGUGGUCCUCUCCCAGAUUGCCGGUAAAGAUGCCACCGCCGAAUUCUACAACCUUCACCGUCAGGAGGUGCUGGAUAAGUACCGCGACGACCUCUGCAUCGGCACAAUCGAGGGAGAGACGCCCGAGAUCGCCACUCCAGAACCAGACAGUCUGAGCGCCGUUCCUUACGCAGAACCCCUAUGGCUACGCCCGCAGUUCAAAAGCCCCUACUACAAGGACAGCCAUCGGCGGCUGCAGCGCGCCAUGCGCGAGUUCACCAGCCGCUAUGUCACACCCGAGGCUCAGGAGAAGGAGAGCGAUGGUACCUACAUCAGUCAGCAGUUGAUUGACCGUAUGGCUGAAACAAACAUUUUGGCUAUGCGUCUUGGUCCUGGGAAGCAUCUGCAUGGUCGAACCUUGGUCGGGGGCGCCGUGGAUGGGAAAGAAUUCGACUAUAUACAUGACAUGAUCGUCACACAGGAGAUGGUGAGAAGUAAUGCACGAGGCUUCCAGGAUGGGAACAUGGCAGGCAUGGCCAUUAGUUUAACGGCUGUUCAACAGUGGCUUCACAAUGCUCCUCUUCGUGAGCAAGUCACCGAGGAAGUUCUGUCGGGUAAAAAGAAGAUGUGUUUAGCUAUCACCGAAGCAUUUGCGGGUAGCGAUGUGGCUGGACUUCGUACGACGGCCGAGAAGACGCCCGAUGGAAAGCACUACAUCGUCAAUGGUACCAAGAAGUGGAUCACCAACGGCAUGUUCGCUGACUACUUUGUCACGGGCUGCCGAACAGAGAAGGGAUUUACUGUGCUUCUAAUUCCGCGCGACGACGGCGUAGAGACUAAGCAGAUUAAGACCUCGUACUCUACCGCAGCAGCCACAGCAUAUGUGCAAUUCGAGAACGUUAAAGUGCCCGUAGAGAACCUACUCGGCGAAGAGCACAAGGGAUUUAUCGUAAUCAUGAGCAACUUCAACCAUGAACGGUUUAUGAUGGCCAGCGCUGUGAUCCGUAUGUCCAUGACCGUCGUCGAAGAGUGCCUGAAAUGGUGCAACCAACGUCUGGUCUUCGGCAAGAAAUUGAUCGAGCAGCCUGUCAUGCGACAAAAACUCGCCCGGAUGAUUUCGCUCUGCGAGUCUAACCAGGCCUGGUUGGAAUCCAUCGCUUACCAAAUGUGCCAUAUGACGUACGCCCAACAGGCCUCGAACCUAGGCGGACCGAUUGCUCUGCUGAAGUCUCACGCGACUCGGUCUGCACAAGAGAUUGCCGAUAUGUCCACCAACAUCUUUGGCGGUCGUGGAUUGACUCAGAGUGGCAUGGGUAAAGUCGUCGAGAUGUUUCAUCGGACCUACAAGUUCGAUGCUAUUCUGGGAGGAACUGAGGAAAUCCUGUCGGACUUGGGAGUGCGACAGGCGAUGAAGAAAUUCCCCAAGGCAAUGUUAUAG